UCAUUCCAUGCUAAUAACACUAAAUUACAAUAGAAUCACUAAUAGAAGUAAAAGCUUUUGCUUUUCUGUGUUUAGAUGAUUUUGAUCCUGACAUCAUUCAUCCAUGCAAUAUUUCAGAUGACAUUUGGACAGCAGAAUACAGAGAAAGAGGCACAUGAUAUGCUUAAUUAUGCGUUCGAUAAUGGGAUAAAUGUCUUAGAUACUGCAGAGGCUUACCCAAUUCCAAUAAGUAAGGAGACACAAGGGCGGACAGAUCGCUAUAUUGGUAGCUGGCUGAAGUCUCAACCCCGUGACAAGGUUAUCGUGGCAACAAAAAUAUCUGGUUAUUCGGAGCGGCAAAGCUUUUUAAGGGAGAAUGCAAAAGUUUUGAGGGUUGAUGCUGCUAAUAUAAAAGAAAGUGUAGAAAAAAGUCUUCAACGUCUUGGUACUGACUACAUCGAUUUACUCCAAAUACAUUGGCCAGACCGUUAUGUUCCCCUGUUUGGCGAGUAUUUUUAUGAUCCUUCAAAAUGGAGGCCAAGUGUUCCUUUUGUCGAACAACUGACAGCAUUCAAAGAACUCAUUGUCGAAGGGAAGGUACGAUAUAUUGGUGUUUCAAAUGAAACUUCAUAUGGAGUAAUGGGAUUUGUUCAUGCUGCUAAAGACAAUGGAUUACCAAAGAUAGUUAGUAUUCAAAACAGCUACAGUCUGCUUGUAAGAUGUAAAUUUGAGAUUGAUCUUGUUGAAGUAUGCCAUCCAAACAACUGCAACAUCGGCUUACUUUCUUAUUCUCCACUGGGUGGUGGUGCGCUGACUGGAAAAUACUUGGAUAUCAAUUCUGAAGCUGCAAAGAAAGGAAGACUCAACCUCUUCCCAGGGUAUAUGGAAAGAUACAACAAAUCCAUUGCCAGGGAAGCAACAGUACAGUAUAUGGAAGUGGCCAAGAAACAUGGGCUUACGCCUGUAGAGUUAGCUCUCGGUUUUGCACGAGACCGACCAUUUAUGACAAGCUCAAUUAUAGGUGCGACUUCAGUGGAUCAAUUGAAAGAAGAUAUCGAUGCAUUUUUGACACUUGACCGGCCUUUACCACCUGAAGUGAUGGCUGACAUUGAAAGCGUCUUCAAUAGAUACAAAGAUCCUGCAAUUCUUUAGAUGAGGUGCUUCACAUGAAAAGUUUCACUAAAUCCUUCUCCUCAAAAACUAAGUUGCUGCUGAGGGGGAUGCAUGACUUGCAUAUUCUGCCUUUUUUUCCUGAUUGGUAUUGCUCAACUAAAGAACAUUCUUCGGGCGGCUUCGAGCAAGCUCCAAACUCUCAAGCUCGACAUGAUUUUACUUCUUUGUCUUCUCAAGGCGAAGCUAUUCUUUGGGGCUUCUUUUGUAUUGCUACACAGAGAUGGAGUUUGCUUCGUGUAUUAAUAGGACUUGUAUUUUGAUCUUGGUCAAUAUAAGCGUACGCUAUUCUUUUCA